GAUAUCCUAUUAUCAUAUUGUUUCCUCUCUGCAAAAUCCCUAAAAGUUCGCCGACAAAGAUGGCUGCUGCUUCUGACAAUCUGACCGAUAAAGAUAUUGUUUUCAGAAAACUCAAAGCAAAAUCCGAGAACAAGUGCGAAGAAUGCUACCUGGGCAUCGGUAUGGAAUAUUUCUCUGCAUCGAUUGUUCAGCUACUCAUCGGGGUCUCGGUUUUCAUAUCAGCUUCGUCAGAUCAACGAAUUUAGACUCAUGGAGCUCCUCAGAGCUCAGGGCAAUGAUGUUUGGUGGCAACAAAUGCGCUCAGUGGUUCUUCAAGGAACAUGGAUGGACAGAUGAUAGUGGCAAAACCGAGGCUAAGUACACUUCAAGAGCUGCUGAUUUGUAUAGGCAUCUUCUUGCUAAAGAAGUUGCUCAAGACACCACUAGUUCUCGCCCCGUUGUUACCUCAGCAUCUAAUGCCAAGGAAGAAUUACCUGUCAAACAUGCAGCUACUGGUGUGACUUCUUCGCCUAUAGCUUCUAAUGCAGUUAUUCACACUAAGUAUAGGAAACAAAACAUUGGUGCGAAAAGGAUGGGCAAACUUGGUGCUCGGAAGCUGACUACCAAGCCAGAUGAAAGUCUGUAUGAGCAGACACCGGAAGAACCUGCACCACCGCUUAUUCCUGCAGCUAAUAGCAGCGGAACCAAAUCAUAUUUUCCUACUUGGUUUGAGUACUAUGCCCACUGGCAAUCUAGCCAUGUUGCUGAACCACCAAAGUCGACAUCAUCCUCUGAUGAGGAGGUCUCCGACAAAAAAGGUUUAUGGUCGUUGGUAGUGAACAUAUCGGCACAAAUUAAGGAGGCGCUCACUCCAGGAGAUCCUGAUGAUAUUGUCAAAGUUAAUUCUUACCGUAUGGAAGUGACAUCGUUAAAGGAGCUAUUGCAUUCCUCCGUUGCUAAAACCAUCCCUCGUGCCACCCGUAUGCAGUAUCUCUACGAUGUGAAUGACCUACUCUUAGUGGCAUUUACUAGGCUUCACCAUCAUCCUGUAUACUGUCCCAUAAUUGUGAGCCUCCGAAAGGAUGUGGUGCUCUUAAUGAGUGAGCAAUGAAAAGAGAUAUGCCGGGGAAAUUUGUUCUAUCAAAACAAGUCAGUCUAAUUAACAAAGGACCUGAGAUUUUCCAGGAUGUAAUACGCAUCGGUGUUCGAGUACUAUAAACUCUAUAUUUUAUUCAUAAACGCGUGUGGAGUGACAAAAAUGCAUAGGUUGUGGAUUAAUUUUCGCUAGAUGCUUUUGUUUUUGUCUCAUCAAUACAUGAAGUAAUGAAUCCGUCCUACUAUCUUCA